UGGAAGGAAGAUUCGUAAUCAUAUUCCUCAAGUCCCAAGUCUCUUGAAACCAAAUUGGCCAUUUUUACAAAAUGUAAGGGAGAGGGAAGUGAAAUACAGGAAUCAAAGCAAAUUGAACUUUGAUUGACAUCACAGGGCUUCAAGCCUAGAAAAGCUAACACAGGGUGACAAUGUCUUUGUUAGUGAUAUGAAACAACAUGGUACUGUAAUUGAGAAGUUACCAUUGCCAAGGUCGUACAGGGUAGAAACACCUUCAGGUAAAUCCUUUAGAAGGAAUAGGUCAUCUUUGGUUAAGUGUACACCACCAUUAUUUCAUAGGUAUGAAGAUCAAGAUGAUCUAAAUGUACAUACAGACUCAAAAGAGUCACAGUCAUCUAUGGUAGUUGAUAAUGCUAGAUCACCAAUUAGUGGUUCUAGCCAGGUUGAGGUUCCGGUUGAAAAUAACCCAAGUGUUGACAGUGAACCUAUAUUGAGAAGGUCUUACAGAUUGAGGAAACCUGUUAAAAGACUUUUUGAUGAGCUAUAGUGACAUUAUUUACACUAUGUAUGAUUUAGAGAGAGUUAGAGACUGUAUUACCAACUCUUAUGAACAUUUAAAUUCUUAC